AUGGACUCGCCGCUGGCUUCAAAGAUCUUCCAGCGUCUGCUAUCCCAUCAGACAUGCUCCAGAUUGCGAUUCUACCCUCCAACAUCCAGACGACUUCUACUCAAUGCGCCUGGGCGGAGAUACUACAGAAGCUCGAAGGAAGAUGAUGGAGAUGACGAUAGCAGACAGACAAGCGAUUGGCAGAUGCGGACGGAUAUAUUUCCACCGGACAAGCUGAGGGACUAUGAGAAAUAUCCGAUGGUCACCUCAGAUAUGCUAAGGAGUCGGAGGGAAAGGCCUAAGAGGGUGAAGAUGCUGGCACGCGACUUUAUAGAGGACAGUCUCUAUAAUCCACACUACGGCUACUUCCCCAAACAAGUCGUAAUCUUCAGCCCCAGCCAGCCCUUCGAUUUCAAUAAAAUGGCCAAUGAGCCUGAAUUCCACAGACAGUUGGGCCAUCGCUACACCGUCUUCGAAGACGAACUCGAUGAUGAAGUCCCCAAUGAGAGCAGGCAAUUAUGGCAUACACCUACUGAGCUAUUUCGACCGUAUUAUGGCGAAGCUAUUGCCAGGUACCUUGUCACGAACUACAAACUUAUGCACUAUCCGUUAGACGACCUCAUAAUAUAUGAGCUCGGUGCGGGGAAUGGAACGCUGAUGUUGAAUAUGCUCGACUAUAUUCGCGACUUUGACCCGGAUGUGUAUGCUAGGACGAAGUUCAAAGUCAUUGAGAUAUCUUCUUCGCUCGCGGCGCUGCAGUCUACACAGCUCACGCGGAAUGCCUCUUCAAGGGGUCACACUGAGCACGUGGAAAUCAUCAACAAGUCUAUAUUUUCCUGGGCUACCUACGUACCUGCACCCUGCUACUUCCUCGCUCUCGAGGUCUUCGACAAUUUCGCUCAUGACAGUAUACGCUACGAUCCCUUCACUGAACAGCCAUUGCAAGGCACUGUUCUCGUCGACAAUACUGGGGAUUUUUACGAAUUCUAUACCAAGCAAAUUGACCCUGUGGCAUCACGUUUCCUGCAAGUCCGGGAUGCAGCGUGCUCCCGCCCGUUCGAUCACCCGCUCAGAGAAUCCAGGUUUACGCGUAGCCUCAAGUCAAGGUUACCAUUCGCCCCAAAUUUGACUCUGCCUGAGUACAUACCCACGCGGCUGAUGCAAUUCUUCGACGUCCUGAGGGACUAUUUCCCCAAGCACGAGCUUCUCACUUCCGACUUCCACGCCUUACCCGAUGCCGUCAAGGGUGUUAACGCGCCCGUAGUGCAAACGAGGUUUCAGCGAAGGGUCGUGCCUGUAACUACGCCAUAUGUCCAACAAGGCUAUUUCGACAUCCUCUUUCCUACGGACUUUGCAACCAUUGAAGAUAUCUAUAGAGCCAUCACCGGGAAAUUGACCAAGGUAAUGAGCCAUUCGGAUUUUUUGUCAAGAUGGGCGUAUGUGCAGGACACGGCGACGAAGAGUGGGGAGAAUCCGAUGUUGAGCUGGUAUAAGAAUUCCUCGGUCAUGAUCUCGACGUAA